UGAGCUCACUGGCUGCUCUGUCUCUAAUGUGUGAGAGUCCUCUUAGAGGUCUGGCCACCGCGACCGACGUUUGGUCAUUAGGUGACUGAAGCUCGCAGUGUGCGGACACUCCAGCAACGCCUUCAGUCCGACCCCGGGACCGGGAGAAGUCAGACAGAGGAGACUUUACGCACAGCUCUGCUGAGGAGAUGGAAUGCAUUGAAAGGACUCCGACUCUGUGAAAGUUUGCGUUUUUCUCGUGGAAAAGCAAAUUACAGACAAUUAAUCGGAAUGCAGUCACGCUUCACAUUCGCCUUCUUUUGAGGUGCAGCAGAAGAUGACACCUGCACCACACUUGGCAUCUUUGAAUAGUAGGUCAAAGCUUCUGCGAGAGUGACUUUCUGCCUCUCAUUCUGCACUCAGAUCACAGUCCCGCUCGCUCUGGUCCUUGGUUAUUUUCUGCAGCUGCAGAAUCAGUGCAUGUGUUGCGCUCCUAUAGCCUAUGUCUUCAUCUUUGCACCGUCGCGGACUGCGGCAGGAACGCACAAGCGGGCAAUCAUCUCGUACCUGGACUGCGCGUAAACGCAGCACUCUCUGACAUGCCUGCACUACUCACCUCUUCAUGAGAUCACACCUCCUGGAUAUUUAGAAUAAAAGAAAAGGAAAAACUUCCUCCUCAUCACCAGUGAGGCAGUAUAAUCUGUGAAGCACUGACUGACUCACCAUGGGCACCGUACUAUCGUUAUCACCCAGCUCUCGCAAAUCAGGCUACUAUGACAACCGUCCCGGCUCUCUCAGCCACUACCCGAGCCUCAGCAGCCGCUCCCUCAACAGCCAAAAAGACCGCGGGCUAAAGAGGGGCCAGUCCAUCUUCCUCCCAGCACUCACAUGGAAGAGACUUGUGGCCUCUACAAAGAAGAAGGGCAACUCGAAGAAAGGCUCUGGUGGCCCGGUGGCCCUCGGGGAUCCUCUGAAUAACAACAACAACAUUAACAUCUACCAGAAGGAUCCCGUGCUGCACCUCAACCGUGAGAAUGUGAAGAAGUCGCUGUCAUGUGCCAACCUGUCCAGCUACGAGGGCCCAGCCGGUCUGGGUCUGGGGCUCGGCUACGGACUGGGGAUGGGUCAGGGACAUGGAUAUGGCUACACCAAAUCCCAGCAGCUUUCCUCUGUGAAAAAAGUCCCCCAGGGCACGGUGACCUCGUCUCCGAAGCGCGUCAUCGUCCAGGCCUCCACCAGCGAGCUCCUCCGCUGUUUGGGGGAGUUCCUGUGCUGUCGCUGCUACCGCCUGAAGCAUCUGUCUCCGGCCGAUCCAGUGCUCUGGCUGCGGGCUGUGGACCGCUCGCUGCUGCUGCAGGGCUGGCAGGACCAGGCCUUCGUUACUCCGGCCAACGUGGUCUUCGUCUACAUGCUGUGCCGAGACGUAGUGGAUGGUGAUCUAGUGGCGUCGGAGCACGAGCUGCAGGCCAUCCUGCUCACCUGCCUCUACCUGUCCUACUCCUACAUGGGCAAUGAGAUCUCAUACCCUCUUAAGCCCUUCCUGGUAGAGGCGGGCAAGGAGGCCUUCUGGGACCGCUGCCUCGCCAUCAUCGACGCCACAAGCUCCAAGAUGCUGCGCAUCAAUGCAGACCCGCACUUUUUCACACAAGUAUUUGCUGAACUCAAGAGCGAAGGAGGCUGCGGCCCUCAGGAUUAUAGCCGGGUGCUUGAUCGGUGAGCACCCAUCCUCGCUGACCACAUGCCUUUGUGUACACUCAUGCACUCGUACACACACACACACACACACACACACACAUAAUUGUCAUGCAGAUUGCUCCACCCCUUUUUCUUCUAUGAAGGCCUAUCUUAAAAGAAUUACACAGAAGUAUUGAAUCAUUGCAUUUGUGCUUGUUGCCAUUGUCCCAUCCGUCCACAGAUAACUGGUUGAGUGGGGCUUACAGCUGUUUGUGAGUUUACUUUAACCAUUUGGUCCACCUGCUCCCUUCCGUGUCUGGUCCCAGUCGUCCCAGCUACUCCUCUGUAUCUGCACAGCCUCACCUUAACAUAAUCAAUCUGUAUGCACAAGGCAAGGAGAUGCCAUCACCUUACGCAAAGCACGUUUUUUCCCCCAAUAGUGACAGAAGAGAAAAUAGGGCUCAGACAACAUAGUCCACAUGAAAAUUUCAUGGAUAAUACAAAGCAACAUCUUGACAUCCUCGGCCGUCUCAAGUGCCCGCGGUUCAGACUGACGGGAACAGCUGAGACGUCCAUGUUUGCUCAGUAAAACAAAACGAACAGGCAGUGUGUUUUUGUGGAGCCUUUUGAGGGAACACUUGCUGUUUGUUUUUCCCUUCACUCACUCAAACCUGCCAGCGGCUCUUCCAUGUGUUAAAGUCUCAUUUAACCCUGAGGAGGAAGCCGAACAUGCGUUUACGUGGGCAUGUUUGGUGCGAGCGCAUGCAUGGCUGUGCGCGCAGGCAUCGUGCGCUGGACGGCAGCCAAGGUCAUCAGCUGUUUACCCCAUCCUUUGUUCCCUGCAUCUUGUUGACAGGGCACCCACAGCCGUGGUAUUAAUGAGAUUAGCCGAUUACUGCUGCCCCUCCCCUACGUCAACCUCUCCCCCUUCUUGUCCGGUCGGCAGCCCUGCAGACCUUCAGUGGCUAAUCCAGCCCAGGCAGGACUGGGCAGGACUAUAGACACACACACAUUAAAAUGCUUCGCUGUGUGUGCUUUAUUCUCCGUGCUGCAUGAAUGUGUGACACACGUGUGCAGCUUGGGGUCCAAGGUGGAGGCAGGAAAUCUUUCCAGAGGCCAUCCAGGCAGAAAUGACAGACGAAAGGCGUUUGUUAUUGCUGCUUCUGAAUUUGUCCCACUUUCUCAUCCCUCACCUGCGCAUCCUCAUCUGCCAUCAACAGGCUCUCAGGAACUGGGAGUUCAUUUCUCUCAUGUUCCUCCCUCCGCUCGACUAUUCCCUUGAAUGAAGCCAUUGGCAUUUGUGCUUCAGUGGCUUUAAUCCCUGGUCCUCGUGUGUUUUACUGUGCAUGUCAGUGAUGGGUCACAGAUGAGCUCCAAGUUCAUUGUUUUUAGAUUUUAAGGGCUUAUCAACUGCAUUUGAACCACUGUAGUCAUAAGAAGAUUUGGUUCUACAGUAAUUUAUAUUUGGUGGCUUUUUAUUUUUUUCUGGGAGCUCUCUCUUCUUUCACAUGCAUGCAGGGGAAGCCAGAGGAAGGGAGAGCAGCUGCAAGACCCAGCUGAGAACAGAGCAGGCAUCAGCGGCAGCAGACGUGAUAUUUAUUAAGUCAGACACAGCAUGGAAGGACGAGCUGGGGUGGAAGUGGGUUGCAAAGUGACUUGCCCUAUAUGAGAUAGAAAGUUGGCUCUGUAGAAGGGUAACGGCUGAGCAAUCAGCUGAUCUGGGCUUGCGUUAAAAUCAGCCAAUCUGCCAAGAUUGCGGCUGAGCUUGACUUCAUGGCCGCCGUGAACUAGAGCUACGUCUUGUAAUGCUGACAGCACAAUAAAAGCUCGAUUAAAGCCCAAAUGUUCAAAUUUUCAGAAAAACGCUAGACGUAUGGAUUCUUUUAGAUUUUUUAAUCAAGGUUGAUAAACUCACAUAUUUAAAGGGUUUGGGGGAGAAAAAUGAAGAGGCUUCCCAACUUAUUUUGGGCUUAUGCUCCUUUAAAAAUUAUAUGUGUGUCUGUGACUCAUCGCUGAUGCGUAUGUUGUCUAAUUGUAAAACUUGUUUUUAAAAGAAAAAUGUAAGUCAUUUACAUAAAGAAGGUAAAUGUUUGUGGAAAAAAAGAUAUCUUUUUGUUCUCCUCCUCUUUUAAUCACCUCAAGAUCCUUCAGAGUCUUUCCUGUGACCCUUAUUUUGGGUUCUUGAGGGGGUUUAUGAUGAAUUUGAACCAAGAAGCUGUUUAAAACAUAAAAAUCUCUUAUUGUGUGAAGUGGAAAUGCCUUAAUCUUAUUGUAGCAGGGCAUCUGGAGGUUUUGGUGCUCCGCCUCCCUUCUCCACGUGGCAAUCACUUUGCUGUGAUGCUUCGCUAUAUUCUCGGCCACAAGGUCGUACGAUACACGAGCAUCUUCUAAUCCUGCAGCCCAAUCAAACAGAUAGAGGGAACCCAGGAUGAAAACAUGGAGAAAUAAGCAAACAGUUCCCCUCGAGUGAAGCCUUCAAGCCAAGCUCUGACAAAGUGAAGGCUGCCCCACCGCCUACUCCAGCUCAUCCAAGCUUACUGGAGUCGAGCCUCCCUGCUCUCCUGAGGGGUCUCGCAUGAGCUCACAUCAGCCUGAGAGGAGCGACUGCGGUGAGUCACGCUCGGAGAGUCGAGUAGUGAAACAUCGCUUUCUCUACAGCAUUGACCAGCAGCCAUUUUGGACUUGUAGGUCAGCGCAGCUCUCUCUGCGGCCUGGUUUCAUCUCUAACAAGGACACUUGUGUCUUAACUCACCCCCUCCUGCCUCUCCCCUCCCUACACACACUCAGCUGUUGUUCCCUGCCUGUUUCAUUAGAUUUGACACCCCGCACCCGCCAGCCAUUGUCAGGACGAGGAAGGGCAGAAUGGGCCAGUUUGUUGGCACCGGCUUGGUUUGUGUUUGCGUGUGCAUGCAGGUCAAAGUUAAGGGCAACAUCUGCUUCCACCAUGCAGCUCGUGCAGACCUGGGUGAUAAUUAAAUCAUCUCAUUGACAUGAGCAAGAAAUGAGGAGUAGAGGAGCACAUCGCGACCCUUUUCUUUUAAUGAAAAAGGCCUUUUUCUUACACGUGGCCUAUUCUUCACUCUCUGUAGCAGCACAGACACAGCACAGAACCACGAUUAUAUCAGCCUGAUCGUUAGAAUUUGACCCUAAACAAAAAGGCAACACCUCCCCCGCCCCUUUUUUCAGCACAUCUGUCCAAUCAGUCGGCAGCUGGACUGUAUAGCUGUUCCUUAAAUAACUCGCUUUUUAGCUGGAACUGUAAUUCUGUUUUAUCCAAUCAAAACCCCCCGAUAUGCGUCCCGAACGGAUUCUUGCUUCUGACUGACGGCGGACACACAAUGC